CGUCUUCACUCUGCUAUCGUAUCAACUCUUCACUCUUCAAUUUCCAGUUCAUAAACCAUUAAAAAAACCCUAGCACAGCGACGCAAAUUCCCUCUCCUUACGCGUUUCUCGGAGCUAGGUCUGCGUUUCUAUGCUUGGAUAAUGCGGCAAAAGAAACAAACUUAACGGCUCUAAUUUUGGUGUCUCUGUAACUUUGAAUCUCACAGAUAUAGAUUGUUUUCUGGUGUAUGUCACUUUAAAAAUUGUUCGGAAUUCAAGAAUUGCUUUGGUUCAUUCAAGGGCGUCUUAAAUGAAGGUGUUACAGGGUUCAUCACAGUCAAGGGAACCAAAAUUCUCGACACAAUCUUCUCACCAGUUACCAAGUGAGCAACAAAAUGAACUGCCUGAGAUGCUUGGUUCAAGCAAUAAUAGUAGAAAAGUUACUCGGGAAGAUAUUGAAGUCGUCCAGAAUUUGAUUGAGAGGUGUCUGCAGCUGUAUAUGAACAGAAAUGAGGUGGCGAAUAUCCUUUUGCAUCAAGCCAGAAUUGAACCUGGUUUUACAAAACUGGUGUGGCAGAAAUUAGAAGAAGAAAAUGCAGAGUUUUUUAAGGAAUAUCAUACAAGGCUCAUGCUGAAGAAACAAAUUAAUGUGUUCAAUCAGUUACUUGAACAUCAAUACCGUGUCAUGGAGUCUCCUUCGUGCCCAAAUGUUCCAUUAGCUCCAGUUAAGAAUGAGAUUGAGCACAUGUCAGUCGACAAUCCGCAUAUGGGAUACUCCGUUCAGCAUCAGCCUCCAAUUCCAUCAACAUGUCAUCCCCAAUUUGAUUUGGUAAAUGGAAUACCUGUAUCAAGUUAUUGCCAUCCAAUGCAAAUAAACUAUGGGAGAGAGGCGGUGAUAAAUGGAGACCCAGCUGAACUAGUACAUGCUACCUCUGCAGUCAAAUCAGAGAUGACUUGGAGUCCUGCAUCAGUUGCAUCAAACUGUGCAUAUGCAUCUCACGUUACAACCCCUGAAGCAUGGCCUCUUGGGUCCGGUUGCAACACUUACAGUCCUAAGGAGUCUCAUCAACCUCUUGGUCAUAUUCCCUGGACUUUAAGCUUCUUGGAUAUAGCUGCAAAAGAACAUGGCAAUUGUUCAGGAUCUGAAAUAUCACUUGAUUCUCUGGAGCAAAAUGACAACAUUGAUGAGUUCUUUGCAGACGAUAUUCCUGCUGGAGACGCUGAGACAGAAGAAAGAUCUGAAUCUGGUGCCUAAAGGUUUUAUCAGUUAGAUUGAGGUCAUUUUGCUUCAAAUUGUAACUCUAUGGGCCAGAAGUAUAUCUCUGUAAAUUAGCCAACCUCAGAAUUAGCCAGGCAAAAAGUUAAUUAAGUAUCAUGAUUCUCUAAUCUUUAA